AAUUUGGCACGUUAAGAACGUUACAGUAGUUAUUAAGGCUUUAACGUAGUUAAUUGGUUACCGUAGAAAGAUACAUUUGACAUUAGUUUUAUACUCAACAUCUCUUCUGUUUUAUUUGAGGUCGCUACGAAAGCUUGCUUUGAUUUUACCGGAGAAAAUGAUUUGGCGCUGCAUAAUUUGUUAUGUGUUUGUGGCUCUUACUCUCAAAUCUUUAUUGAGUCACAUAAAUUCUGCACAUAGUCGUAGUCCAGAUUUCCGUCUGGUUUGUGGAAUAGAUGGGUGCACUAAAGAGUACCGAGUCUACAACUCUUUUUGGUAUCACAUCAGACGAACACACUCACAAUAUCUAGACGGCGUGAGUAGCAGCAGAUCACAUCGGAGAGAGAGAUCAGCACAACACGAGGCAUCCGGUGAACCUAGAAAAACGGACAGCAACAACUUGUGGACAUAUAGUGAACGAACGCUGGAGGCUCAGGAUACUUGGAAGUCAAGUGACAGUCCGGAUAAUGAAAAGACACUGGAAAAUAGUGUGGAUUUGCAAACCUCUCUUCUUGUUCCUGUGGAACAUUUUGGUGAUUUUGAUGCUUUUGACACUGGUGAAUCAGUUUUCUCUGGCUUAAGCAGUAACACCGUUUUGCGGUCUCAUCCGAACCUGGAAGCACAGGAUGUCCUACUAAAUGAAACUUCAGAUUCGAAUCCCACUCUACCUAUUCCAAACAGGCCUUCUGAUGACUCAAGUUCCUCAUGCCUCCACCAACAAACCAUGAAUGACGAAUUAUCAAGUGAUGAUGUGCUAUCCAGACAUGCCACUGCUAUUGUGAUGACUGCUAGAGAGAAACAUCAUCUCUCACAGAGUGGUGUGAAUGAUGUUGUGGCUGAGGUUCAGGCGUAUCAAGCUCAGUUACUGAACAGCUUGAGGAGUCAGCUACAAACAGCGAGAAGCUUUGGGACUCUUUGACUCCUUUAAAGAUCCAUUUGCUGCAGUUUCAACAUCAUAUAGACAGGACAGUGUCAUAAAAGAAAAAUUCAAUUUUGUGGAAGCAGAAGAGGUUUCAGUCGGAUUAGCAGUAUGUCGUCAGAAAAGAAAAAAACAAAGAGACCUCGCAAUAAAAAAACAAAUGUUUCCAUUAUAUACCCCUGAUAAAGAGUUUAGAACAAUUAAUGUCUCAUCCAAAAAUCUUUGCCAUGAUAAAUGGUGGAUCUCAGAAAUGCAGCAGUGGAUAUUUUUAUGACAUCAUAGAUGGUGAACUAAUGCUUUCACACCCUUUAUUUUCUUCUAGACCCUCUGCUUUACAGAUAGUUCUUUAUUCAGAUGAAAUCGAAAUUUGCAAUCCACUUGGGUCUCAAGCUUCAAAGAAUAAGUUGCUCAUGUUUUACUACACUUUGGGAAACAUUAAUCCAAAGUACAGGUCAAAAUUAGCUUCAAUCCGCCUUCUUGCUAUUGCAAAGCAAAGUGAACUCUCAGAAUGUGGAGUUGAUGCCAUAUUGGCAAGAUUGCAUGAGGUAAAGCUAUAUAAUGGCGUGAAGAUUCAUCUUCCAUGUGGUGAACAUGAGAUAUAUGGAGCAGUGGUUUCCGUAUGUGGAGAUACUUUAGCUCAACAUGAGUUAUGUGGAUUUAAAGAGGGUGUGGGCUUUGCAUACAGUAAAUGCCGACAUUGUGAAUGUUCUUUUGAAGACAUGCAAAUGUUUUUUAAUGAUGAAAACUUUGAGCAAAGAACACUGGAAAGACAUAUUCGACAGUGUAGUGACAUUGAGAAAGCCAGUACUGAAUAUCUCAGGAACAGCCUUAAAACUACAUAUGGAAUAAACCGAAGGAGCAAAGUAAUGGAUUUCCCUGCCUUUAAUUUAAUCCAUCAAACUCCUCAAGAUAUAAUGUAUGUAAUUCUUGAGGGCAUUGCUCCUUUGGAAAUUAAGUGUAUCCUGAAACAAUUGGUGCUUUUGGGACAACUGGUCCUUGAUGCUUUCAAUGCUGAUAUAAUUGGAUUCCCAUACUCUCCACAAGAUACUAGAGAUAGGCCUAGCCCUAUUGCGUUCAGUACAUUAGCUUCCAAUGACAACAAACUGAAGCAGUCAUCUGGUCAAAUGCUUGUUUUACUCAAAAUAGUGCCCUUUCUAUUGGAUGUGAUUAAAAGUACUGCAUAUUUUUCCUUCAUUCUUGAGCUUCUGGAGAUUGUUCAAAUUUUGUUUUCACCUGUUAUUAGCCUUGAGACUACUGAUAAGUUGAAAGUACUUAUUGAACAGCAUCUUAAACAUUUUAAGGAUCUUUUCUCAGAAAACAACAUUACAUCUAAACAGCAUUACUUGAUUCAUGUUCCAUCCCAGAUUAAACUGUUGGGACCAAUGCUCCGUCACAUGUGCAUGAGGUUCAAAUCCAAACAUUGUUUUUUUUAAAAAUGGGUUUCAAAAGUAAAUUUCAAAAAUGUCUGUAAGUCCUUAAUUAAGCACAACCAAAUGUUUGAAUGUUGUCAGAAUGUAAACCGUUCCAACCACCCGAUUUUUGGCAGUGAAUGUGUAUUGGGACCAGUAUCAGAAGUAAAAAACAUGGCGUAUUUGAAAGGAAAAGUAAGGGACUACUUUGGAGUUGAUCAGAUAGACCAUGCAGUGUCUGUUAAGUGGAUUACUUUAAAUGGAAACAAAUACAUUAGUGAAAAAACAUUAGUAGUGUGUAUGGCAAAUGGUAGUAGUCUACCGGAAUUUGGACUUGUGAGGAACAUAUUUGUCAUAAAUUCAUCUUUGUAUUGUUUUGAAUGUCAGAUGUACAGUACAGUCUGUUUUGACAGAGACUACAUGUCUUAUAAAAUUGAGGUUCCCAACCUGGCAGAGGCAACUGAACUAGUAAAUGCAGACUAGUAAAUGCUAGGUGUGUUCUAGAUUGAAUACGUUUUGAAUUAUUCUGGAUGUAUAACAAUUUCAAACAAAAUAAUUAUUUAAUUUGCCAUUGGGAUAUUUUGGAAUAAUCUGCGUUCAAUACAAGUUGAGUUCAUCGACAUUGUUUUGAUA